AUGGAGUUGCCAGACUAUCCUAUUUAUUGUCAUUGGGGAGGGGAAAUUUUGCAAAGUAGCGGUGAUGUUACAUAUAAAGGAGGAGAGCGAAAAUUUGGGUUUGUCAAUUGUCAAAUGAGUUAUGAUGAGGUUUUGAGUAAGGUUUAUGAUCUUAUGAGAUGUGACUCGAGAUAUGUGGAGUUGAAGCUACUAAUGAGGUAUCCAAUGAUGUCCGGUUCAUAUGAAGCCAUUCCGUUGGAUGAUGACAAUUCUUUAAAAGCAAUGUUGAUUGCUAUGUCUCAAACACAAUCAACCACAAUGCAAUUGUUCAUCGAGCAACUUCCAAAGCAACCCGAAACUCAAUCCCACUUGGAAUCCUUUCAUGAAAUGGAUUCAUGGGCGAGUCCAUUUCCCUACUUGCCCUUGACAAAUCAAAGUGGGUUAACGGGUUCAUUCACAAGAAUGCUUACGGAUGAACAAUAUGCUAGUGAACACAUUUCAGAGCUCACUUCUCCAACUCAAACACCACAUGUAGAAGCUACAAAUGGUGAUCCAUCUAUGAUACUUUUCGAUUCUCUAGAUCAAAUAUGUGUUGAUUUUUUUGGAGAUGAAGCGGUUGGGGUGGAUAGUGAUAGUUGGAUCCGAUUUUGCUUGAUUCUUGGAGGACUUGGUCCAACAACCACUCUUUUCGAUGGUGAAGUUGCUAUUGGGCAAGAGUUUGAUUCUUUGACGCAAUUGAAAGACAUAGUCAAAGGUUAUUCCAUAGCUAAAAAUCAUUCAUUUAAGGUGUUGGAGAGUGAGCCCACAAAAUACGUAGUUGAGUGUAAAAGAAAGAGUUCAUGCAAAUGCUCAUGGAGGUUACGUGCAAUCAAGGAUCCUUGUCUUGCUUCAUUCAGAAUUGUGAGGUAUAAUGGCCCCCAUGCAAGUAAUUGUUUGGGUGACAUAAACUCAAUCGAUCAUCCUCUUCUCUCCUCUGAUUUUGUAUGCAAUGAGAUAAAAGAUCUUAUUCGUGCCGAUCCUUCUUUGAAAAUCCGUGUUAUUGUGCAAGCGGUGAAAGUCAAGUUUAAGUAUACCAUCACUUACAAGAGAGCUUGGUCAGCGAAACAAAAGGCUAUUGCAAGCAUUUUUGGUGAUUGGGAGCAAUCUUACGAAGAGUUGCCUAGGUACAUGCAAGCAUUGAAAGAAUCUAAUCCAGGAACCGUCGUGGAAUGGUGUACCUUGGCUUCUAAUGAAGAUCCUUCUGUUCACAUUUUUUUGAGAGUGUUUUGGGCAUUCAAGACUUCCAUCGAUGGUUUUAAGCACUGUCGACCCCUAAUCACCAUAGAUGGAACUCAUUUGUAUGGUAAGUACAAGGGCACGUUACUCAUAGCCAUGGGUACAGAUGCGAAUUCUCAAUUGUUCCCUCUUGCUUUUGCUAUUGUUGAAAGUGAAAAUGGUGAGAGUUGGAAAUGGUUCAUGAAAUGCAUUCGGCAUUUAGUUACUCAGAGGGAAGGUUUAUGUGUCAUUUCUGAUAGACAUGCAGGGAUUUUGCAAACAAUGAAUGAGGUCAAUAGUGGGUGGGAGGAGCCGCGUGCCCACCAUCGAUUUUGUACUCGUCACCUUGCCUCUAAUGUCAACACUCAGUUCAAGAAUGCUUAUGUGAAGAACCUUUUCGGAAAAGCCGCAGAUGCUCGUCAAAGAAAGAAGUUUGAUUACUACUUGGGAAGAAUUGGUGAAUUGAAUGUUGAAGCUCAUAAGUACUUGAUGGAUAUUUCUUCUCAUCGGUGGUCGAUCCACCAUGAUGGUGGUUUUAGAUAUGGCGUGAAAACCACAAACAUGUCCGAAGCUUUUAAUGGGGUGAUGAAAGGUGCUCGUUGUUUGCCGAUAACCGCCCUUGUUCGGAUGACGUUUUACCGAGUGAACUCCUACUUUGUUACAAGACGAGGUUGGGGUAAAAGGAGAAUUGAAGAAGGCCACGAUUUCGUUGAGAAGGCCACAACAACAAUUGAAAUGAACAUGGCAAAAUCUGGUGCUCACGAGGUCCAAGCCUUUGAUCAUGAGAUGGGGCUAUUUGAGGUUACAACUAGACGAGGAGGCAGAGCUUCAGGUAAAGGUGGUAACGUACACACUGUUAACCUUGUAGCCAAAACUUGCACUUGUGAGAAAUUAAAAAUCUACAAGUUGCCAUGCUCCCAUGUGCUUGCGGUUUGUCGUUCUCGCAGCUUAUCUUAUGCUGCUUUCGUUGAUCCUUUCUUUACCACUGUCGAGUAUAGGCAAACAUACUUGAAGAGUUUUCAUCCACUUCCUGAUGUUCCCUAUUGGCCUCCUUAUACUGGGGUGAGAAUAGUUGCUGAUGCUAGUAAACGGCGUGGUGUGGGACGCCCAAAGUCGUCUCUAUACCCUAAUGAGAUGGAUUCGAGUGCUCGACGCAGUGUCAAUGUAAAAUCAUGUAGCAUUUGUCGACGUCAAGGGCAUAAUAAGAAAACUUGUGCAGCUAGGGGUGGUGUUGGAUCAUCGGGGUAA